AUGGGGAUCUUUUUGGCUUAUGUUGGAUUCAUUUUCUUUUCUGUUUUAUAUAUACAGCAAGGACUUUCUUCUCAAGCAAAAUUUACCGAGUUUCCUCGAAAUGUUACAGCAACUGAGGGGCAAAAUGUGGAAAUGUCAUGUGCUUUCCAGAGUGGUUCUGCCUCAGUUUACCUGGAGAUCCAGUGGUGGUUUUUGCGGGCAGCUGAGGACCAGGAGACUGGAGCAGAGGUGACAGGCACUCAGGUGGAGCUCUUGCCAGAAAGAGACCUAGAUAACGAUGGAACAAAAAUCAGUACAGUAAAAGUACAAGGGAAUGACAUCUCCCACAAGCUUCAGAUUUCUAAAGUAAGGAAAAAGGAUGAAGGUUUAUAUGAGUGCCGGGUGACAGAUGCCAACUAUGGAGACCUUCAAGAAUAUAAGGCGCAAGCCUACCUGAAAGUCAAUGCAAACAGCCACUCUCGGAGAAUGCAGGCCUUUGAAGCCUCUCCCAUGUGGUUACAAGACAUGAAACCCCGAAAGAACAUCUCUGCAGCCGUCCCCAGUAGCAUCCAUAAUUCAGCUAAUCAGCGAAUGCGCUCCACCUCCAGCCCUCAAGCUGCAGCCAAAAUCCCCAAACAAAGUCCACAAUCAGGUGCGAGGAUAGCUACAAGCCAUGGACUUUCUGUCCUGCUUCUUGUUUGUGGCUUUGUGAAGGGUGCUUUGCUUUAAUCUAAAGUGCUGACUUUUUUCCAAUAUCACUUUCUCUUCUUAAAGCAAAGAGCAAAUCGCCUGUAAAAUCUUCGGAGCGGACAGCAAAGUUGACCCUAAUCUCCAA